AAUCAACGAAUUGUUGGAACAGAACACGACUUAUUCUAAUAAGGAAAAUUGUUUAUUUGUGUUGUGGAUAGUUAACCGUAUGAAAGUGACGUUUUUCGAUACAAGGUUUUAUGUAGUUGGAAGCACAAAUCGAAAAAAAUACAGUUUGUGAAGAAUAAAAUGAGCUCUAGCAGAGGACAACUACCUGACUCCUCUUCAUCUCCAAUGCAGUUUGGCGGAUACAGCGCUGGAGAAUUGUCUGAAGAUGAAGUAACAGACCUGCCGAGCUGUGCUUUCGCAAAUAGAUCCACGCCUUCUAGCACGCAGCUUCAACAUCAUUAUCUCACGACACUUCAUCACAAUAAUGAUAACAACCACUGCAGCGGUAAUAAUCCCAUGUCGAACACUGGAGAUUAUUAUGGAUCUUCUCCCUACAGAAUACAGAGACAUGCAGCCAACAUCCGGGAAAGGAAACGGAUGCUGAGGUCUGCUAUUGGACCCACCGGCAGUAUCAACUCCGCUUUCGAUGAGCUCAGAAUGCAUGUACCUACCUUUCCAUACGAAAAAAGAUUGAGCAAAAUAGACACGCUCAGAUUAGCCAUUGCAUACAUUGCUUUGUUGAGGGAAGUCUUAACUGCCGACUGUGAUCCCUUGACUUAUGUAGAAAGAUGUUUAAGAGGUGAAAUUAAAGCUGAUAGAGCGAACUGGAACACAAGCGAUUUAACUGCUCGCUUGUCGUGGAUAAAUUGGGAAAACUUAGGAGUGAGCCCAGGGCGAAGAAGUGCCCUCACAUCUUUAGCUCUUAGUUCAGAUAAUAUGAAUCAUUGAAUAAUUAAAUUGAUAUUUGUAAAUAAGAACUGUUCUGUUUAAAGUCACAAACUGAAGUGCAAAAUUCGUAUUGUAUAGUGGCAAAACUGUAGUUCAUCUUUAUCAUAUUUUUGGCACAAUUAUUUCAUUAUUUCGAAUAGUGGAUAAUAUGAAAAUAUAAAGAACUGACUUUGCAGGUAUACCUACCUAUUAUAUAAUACUUUUCAACUAUUUUCUGUAUCACCAUUGUGUUGAGUACUCAAAGGUAUCACACUAUUUCAUCUAGAAACCGUGUAAAAAUCCCAGAUAGCUAGUGUUUACGAUCAUUUGUAUAUUUAUGUAAAUAUUUUUCAACUUUGUAUUGUUGUUAUAUUUUCUGCAAAUUUUAUUUAUUCUGUCUAUAAUAAAACGAUUUAUUGGUA